AUGUACAACUUGCUGAUUUCGGUCUCUAUCUCUCCUAUUUCAUUUUUAGUCGUGACAGGAGCCACAGAUGGGAUCGGGAAAGCUUACGCAGAAGAGCUCGCCCGCAGAGGCUUUGCCAUCGUGCUGAUCAGCCGCUCUCAGGAGAAGCUGGAUGACGUUUCAAAGGCGAUCGCGAGUAAAUGUGGCGUGGAGACCAAAACGAUCGCAGCAGACUUCAGCGCCGUAGAUAUCUACUCCAGGAUUGAAGAUGGACUUGCAGGACUGGAGAUCGGAGUAUUGGUCAACAAUGUUGGAAUAUCCUAUUCUUACCCUGAAUUCUUCCUCAACGUUCCCGACCUGGAGACUUUCAUCGACACCAUGGUCAACAUCAACAUAACGUCCGUGUGCCACAUGACACGACUUGUUUUACCUCGAAUGGUGGAGAGGAAGAAGGGUGCCAUCCUCAACAUCUCCUCUGCCAGUGGGAUGUACCCCUUCCCUCUCCUCACCGUCUACUCUGCCUCUAAGGCAUUUGUGGACUUCUUUUCACGAGGACUGCAAGCUGAAUACAAGAGCAAAGGCAUCAUCAUCCAGAGUGUUCUGCCAUUUUUCGUUGCAACCAAGCUGAGUAAAAUCCGGCGUGCUACACUGGACAAGCCCAGUCCAGAGCGCUACGUGUCAGCCGAGCUCAACACAGUGGGUCUGCAGACCCAGACCAAUGGCUACCUGCCACAUGCCAUUAUGGGUUGGGUGACUACAGCUCUGCUCCCUGCCAAGAUCCUCAACAACCAUGUGAUGGGGAUGGGUUUGUCCCAGCGCGCUCGUUACCUGAAGAAGCAAAAGCAGGGUUAGAUAGACGCAUGGCGGCAGGAAGAGGGGACCAGCUGUGUUAAACACUCGUCCCAGGACCACCAUCAUGGACCAGGAAGACAGAAUGUGACAGUUUCUGGGCCACAUCCCAGUUUCCCUCCCUCCGAUACUCCCCUUCAUUGAGGAUGUGAGGCAGCGGUACAUGUAUUCAAUUCAAACAUAAAAAUAGUGAACAAAGUGGUGCUCUUCAUCAUCUUUAAUGAAUGGCACACUAACGUAGAAACUAAAAACUAUUCCCAAAUCAAUCCAUCCAUCUGUCUGUUAAACAUGAGGGUGGAUAAAGCCUAGAUGAGGGAACAAUUUGGAUGCAUGUGAGGUUUGAGGCCUCUGUAUAUUUGUGUGUAUCUGAGUAUGUGUUUACUAGCGUUAAGCCUUUUUUAGUUUUACACUGCAGUUGAUACUUACUUACUUUCUAGAGCACUUAAACAUGUUUUAUUGAGAUCUAUUGACAUUAAUAGCUUCAUUAACUCCUACUAUGGGAUUUCUAUUGCACUCAGAUUUAGACGAUUCUUCGUCAGCACCAAUUCGAAACCCUUAGUUAUCUCUUGUUUAGUUUUUCUAACUUUAAAUGUUCUCAAAGGUGUUAAUGUAGUGGUGAAGUCAGUGCGUGUUUAAUUUAAAGAAGAGGAACCGCUGUAAAUGGAUAACCAGUAGAGAGGGAGAUGUCUUGGUGGAAUGUUAAAAGGGGUGUUUUAUUUUCUAACUAAAUUGAUUUUCAAAUUAAUUUGUACCACUGGUGUUACUGUUUUGCAGGACUUUCUAACCAAAAACUAAAAUUCUCUCACAGUGCAUUAGAUCCAGGAACAACAACAUACAUUCAUCUCAAUCUUUUCACUUGUAUUGAUUGAUUUCCUAAAAUGUUGAACCAAACCAAAUGUAGAAAUUAGGCAAACCAAUGAGAGCUGAUACAUUUAUUUGAUUUUCUCUUUUGAAAGCUACAUUUUUGUUAGUUUUUUUGUUAAAUCUGUAGUCACUCACAUUACAUUUGUCUUUGUCAAGAUACCAGCUUUAAGUUAUACUGUAAUAACCCUAAAGACACUUUCUACUCACACUGACUCUAGGUGCAGCAGCAGGGGACCAACUUCCAGUCAAGUGUUUUCUCUAACAAACUGUAAUCAAAUUACAUUUUUCCAGCCAUCAAUAAAUAUUAAUUCAAAUGAU